AUGCAGGGCUCUGCAUCCUACCCUGCUGCUCUUGGGGGCAGCAAAUGGAUCGCAAGCUUCCUAGCGAAACACCGAUAUGGCGAUGGCAUCUACGUUCGUACCUCUACCAGAGCUUCUUCGCCGCAAGAAGUCAAAUUCCGUGACUUUGUCAAGAAGAGUAAAGCGGAGCUGAAAAAUGUAUUCUCUGCAAAUGGAAAGAAACGGUCCGAGGCGGGCGUCGAUGAACUACGCAACGCAAACGAAACUGACGCAGAACGAAAGAACAACAAACUAUCCUGGGCAAAACUGUUCGACACAAAGUCAGGAAACAAGCUUCAUAAGCGGGCAAAGUCCGCUCCUAGUGACAUCCAUGUCCCACAUCAGCUCGAUCCCAUCACUGAAGUCGGAGAAAGCAGCGAGACACAGGCCAAUCUCGUAUCUGUCAGCACUUCAUCCCGAAAGUCUGUCGGCCAGAGCCCUCAAUGCUCUGCUACCCAUCAAACUAACGGUGACGACGUGUCUGUUACGACAACAGGUACAACUAUACUCCAGCAAGCUAACCUUCAGUGCAUCUCUGAAGGGGACGCUCAUGAUGCCGCUAUCAACGAUGAAAGCAUUGCGAUCGGCGGACGAAACUGUACAUCCAACCCAUCCACGCAUCUCAGCAGUAGGAACUCAAGUGCCACCGAAGACGAAUGCCCUUCUCAAGACGAAAGCGACAACACAUCAGAUGGCCAUGGUGCCUCAUUGGCACGUUACGAGCUUCUUAAAUCUCAAAGAGAAUACUUUGUUGAUCUACAGAAAGACAUUACUCGACAGAUAGAGGCGACCGAGCUAGAGCGUAUUGAUCUACGGAACCGCGUCACUGAAUAG